AUGAAAAAGAAAAAAAAAUGCAUGAAACUUAUUAAUCGUGAGAAUAAAAUUUCUGUUUCAUCAUUGAAUGCUACUGGUAAUAUUGCAACACAAUUGUCUGCAUUUAAAGAAUGUGAUCCAAAUUAUGAUGAAUAUAAUCAAGAAAAAAUUUUUAAUGACUAUCAAAACAUCAAGAAAUUGCUAAAUAAUCAGGAAGAAAUUUAUUUCAAACCCCAAAUGAAAAUUACUCUUUCUCCCAAUACUAAAUUCAGUACAAGGUCAGGAACCAUUCACUGUAAUUCGAGAAUAUUUCCACCAUUAUCUCGUGGCCUGCAGGGUGGACACAUUGCAGUGGCAGCUUUCGCAACAUCAGGUGUGUUGAAACCAAAAUGUUGGAAUGAGAAAAUAAUUGAUCAAAUUAUUAAAGAUGGCAACAAGUAUUAUUGCAAAUCAAACAAAGGUAUCGUUACGAGCGACAGAAGAGCAGUACAAUUUUCCAAUUUUAGACGAUACGUUAAUAUUCAAAAAACCCAUCAAAUUUCAUUGUUGAUCAAGGAACCUUGUUUUAUUGGAUUAAAUGAUUCGGAUGAGGAAUUGUCGCCUGAACCAAUUGGAUAUAAAAAUUGGAGUGAUUGUCGAGCUGUUUUGCAGGGAUUGUAUCAUAUUUAUGAUGAGAAGGUACCUGUGAAUUUGAGAGGUCGAGGGGAUUUGACGAUAGCAUUGGCAGCAUUGAUCUACUCGAGACUCGUGAAUACCGACGAAUGGAAACAAUCAUUUUUUGAUGAGAUGAUGAAUCAGGCUCAUAUCUAUUUAAUUGAUCUGGCGAGAGUGUUGGAUAAAAAGUUUGACGAUUCGUUUGAUCUACAGGUUAAUGAAUUGAUGAGCGAUGUGAUUCUUGGUAGUUAUUUGGUAAAGAUCGCGAUCUUGGAGAAUGUGAUUUCAGGUCAGGUGAGAAGCGACGAAGUAACGGUUGAAUCGGGGAUUUGUGAAUUUUUCGAGAAACAAAAUUUGGGAAUUGUUGAGGUGAACAAUCAGUUUUAUUCGAUUUGGAAAGAUGAUGCUAGGUACUAUUUUCUGGAUCCAUUCGCCUGUGAUGCUGAAGGAUUUAGAGUUAAUUCUAAAGUGCCGGUUGAUCCAGGUGAUUCGAAUCAGCCAGAAAUUCCAAUUGUUCCAAAAGAUCCCAUUGAUCCAAAAGAUCCAAACGAUCUGAUUGAUCCAAAGGAUCUGAUUGAUCCAAAAGAUCCGGUUGAUUCAAAAGAUCCGAUUGAUCCAAAUGGUUCGAAUGAUCUAGAAGUUCGAGAAGAUUCAAAAGAUCCAGAAGAUUCAAAGGAUCCAGAAGAAUCAAAAGACCCAGAUGAUCCAGUAGAGCAGGAAGCUGAAAAUUCCUUGGAAGAUUCAAAAGAUUUGGAAAGCUACAAUCAGGGAAAGGCUUGUGUGAUCAUGAGCAAGUCGAUCAAGGAAUUAAUUGAGACCCUCAUGAGAAAUACGAACAUGAAUGAAAAAGAUCCUUUCAUCAUUCAUGGUUUGCAAGUAUUGUACAUUAAAUUAUCUCAACAAUUGGGUUCUCCUUUUGAUAAGACAAUAUUUCGGGAUGAUAAACUUAUUCCAAUUGUUGGUGAAGAUUGUGAUAUUGAGAUGAAUAUUCCUAGAAAACGUUCCACGAGUCCUAAAUUUAAAGACGUUGGUGUCGAGUUUCCCGAAUUGAUGACCAACAUCGAGGAGUUCAUGAUGAAGGAAGAUGAACCUCGGACUUGUAAUCAAGAACAACUUCAAAAUCAUUUGAUAGGAAAAAUUGUGACUCGUCAGAAAGAAAAAUCUGAUUCUUCUGAAUCUGAUCAAAAAGAAGAAGCUUCACAAGAAUCUAAUCAGGAAAAAAAGGAAGAAGAUAAAGAUCAUAUAAUCAAAGGUUAUAAAAUAAUAAAUCCUCAUCGUUUGAUUCUUCAGGGAUCGAAAAAUUGUUUGUGGGGAGAUUUUCCAAAAUCAAUGAGAGGACGUCAAGGACUCGUGAUGGGAAUAAUUGCAAUCGCCUAUGGAAGAUUGAAACAACCUGAAAAAUGGAGAAAUAUAGACUUGGAUCAGAUUAUUGAUCUUGGACAUAAAUCAUACGAAGAUACGAUAUUAUUGAUCAAAAAAGGAAGCGAUGAUGAUGAUGAUGAUGGUUCAACCGAUGAAGAAGACGAUGACGACGAUGAUGAUGAUGAUGAUGAUGAUGAAACAACCGAUGAAGAUGAUGAUUCUAUUAAUUUAGAAAAUUUCGUUCCAAAUCAUCUAGAAGUUUCAAUGCUUCCAGUAAAAUUAAAACUUGGCGAAAACACCGUAAAGUUUAAACGUAAAAUGAAAAUAAUUGAAGGUAACGCAAAUCCUUUGGCAAAUUUAGGAGAAGCAUUCGAACGUUAUUUUCAACGUCAUUCGGAACUUAUUCUCGAAAAUAAAAAACUUUACUACAGUAUUUGGAAGCAUGAGGAAAAAUUUUAUAUUUUUAAUCCCUAUGGAAGUGAUGAGGAAGGUUGGAGACUUCGGGAAUUUCCAGCAUCAUUCGUUGUUACAGAUACAAUUAAUGAAUUAACUGAUUUGUUCUAUGGAAUCUUAGAAUUCAAUGAUCUUCAAUUUUAUUUUCAUUUCAUUGAAGUGGAAUCAAUACAACCGAAUAAUAAAUACGUGGUUGCAAAUCCAACAGAAGUUGAUGAUGAACAUUCUGAAAAGUAUUUUACGAAAUUUUUGCCAAUCACUGAUGAGGAUUUGUAUGAACCGGAAGUGGAGGAAGAAAAACAGAAAGAUUCGGACGAAGAGGAAAGCGAGGAAGAUGAUGAAGACGAUGAUGAUGAUGAUGAAGAUGAUGAUGAUGAUGAUGAUGAUGAUGAUGAUGAAUAUACACUGGAAGAAAAAAAAAUUGAACUCGAGGAUCCUCUUCAAGAAGCAGUGGAACAAGAUCAGCCGGAUCCACCAGAAACGUUAAAUCUUGCUCUAAUCACCGGGGCAAUAAAAAUAGAAACAGAUGAUAAAAUCAAUGAAAAAGAAGAAGAAGAUAUGAAAUACGAGGAAUUAAAAUACCAUUUCUCUCAUUGUCAGCCUAAUAUUCCACCAUCGAAGCAAAUUUUACAUAUUCUUCGUGAGGCAAAACAGGCUUCAAAAUCAAUUCAUUCUUUAGUGUCGAAAUUUUCAAUCAAAUCAAAAUUAAUAACAAACAAUGAAUCCGCUGAUAUUGUAGACGUUACGUCAUUGGAAAUGGGAAACAAGUCAAGAUUAAUCAAAUUGCCACCCAAAAAAUAUAUAUUGUCAAGAGUAACUCCAAUGGGAUUGACGCCAAUUCGAGCAAUUGACGAUGAUUUUAUUCAAGAUGAAGAUUUGGAUAGAGAGAAAAAAGAAAAAUGCCUAAGAGGAAAAAACGAAGAAAAUGAUCAAGUGUCGGAUGAAUGUGAUAUUCCAAAAAUUCUUCCAUUAGGUCCUGUUAUAAGAACACCUUUUAUUGAUGAUUUAGUUUGUCAUGAAGAAAAUAAGAAGGAAUGUAAAUUAUCAAAACGAGACAAAUGUGAUUCGAUUGUGAAGAAAAUUGUUUGUAAUGCCGAGGAACUUUUAUUGGAAAUGCUGUUUCCAGGGAUGAAAAAUGAUGAGCAGAGGAAUGAAGAAACUGAGAUUAAAGAAAUCAAAGAUCCAGAGAAACAAGAGCCUGAACAAAAAGAACAACAUAAAAUGGAAUUGGAAAUUAUUGGAUUCACAGUAACAGAAGAUGAUGAACUGGCAACAAUUAACGGAAAUAUGAGUUUGAAAAAUCGUCAAGAAACAGUGCAAUUUCAUUUUAAAACAUGUUACUAUGCAUCAAUACUCUGCAUAAUUGCUAAAAUUAUCAAAGAUGUUGACGAAUUUUCCAGUACUAUUUUAGAUCAAUUAAUUGUAUUAGCCAGUAAAAUUUCUGAACAAGUUGGUAAAUUACGCUAUAAAUCUUUACGUUCAUUCAAUAAUAUUGAAAUUUUCGACAUGAAAUGUGAUGUUAAUUUAAAACAAAUAAAAUACGCUGAUCCGGAUAAUUGGAAAGAUGAUAAUCUAACUAAUAUGCUAACUUCCUAUUUAAAUAAAGAUCAAACUGGAAUUUUGGUAUUUGAAAAUGCAUCAUAUGCAAUUUGGCGAGAUAAUGAUGUAUUCUAUUUAUUCGAUCCUUAUUCCUGUGAUAAAAACGGUCGAAUUAGUGAUGAGGGUUUUGCGUGUCUUAUGAAAUUUUGUAAUUUAUCAACAAUGAUUGAGAGAAUUGGAGAAAAUAAUCAGGAAACAGUAAAUAAAGAAUAUCGACUGUAUUCCCUUUCGAUUAGUCACUUGGAGACGAGAAGGGAGAAGAAAAAGAAGAAAUGCGAUAGGAAAAUAAAUAUCUGUACUGAUGAGGUAAAAUCCGAGACUGAUGAUUCUACAGACGAAGAAGCGAAUGUUGUUGCAGAAGUAAAAUAUUCACUAAUAGAACUUGUCGAUUGGGUGAAAAAUGAGAGGACAAAUAUAAAUCCAUAUGAUAUGAAUCAAUUGGGAUUUAUUGGUAUUAAAAAUUAUAAUGCAUCUGCUUUUGAAGUAACGGUUGUUGAGAAUGAUAUAACAAGACCUGAAUUAGCACCUUUUAAAAAGCAAAAUGAUCAAAUGGUAAGAACAAAAAUCUAUGAUCGUAGAUUCAAAGAACAUUGCUAUCUACUUGAACCAAUUGAUCUUUGUGUUAUGGGAUGGUCAUGUAUUCAUGAUCCAAUUACAUGGAGUGUGAAAACAGUGAAAGGAUUGUACGAAGCAAGUCGAGAUUAUGCUUUUGAUAGUUUAUUAGCUUUUGAAGAUACAACAGUUACUGAAAUGACUGACGGUCUUCUCAUGAUGUUCAACAUUGCCAAUUAUACAUUUCGAGUUGUUUUUGGUCCCAUUCGUAAAGGUAAAUUGUACGCAAUCGAAGGUUGGAAUCUGGCAAUGUCAUUGAAAAAAAUAUUUGAAACGACAAUUUACACUGGUGGUAUUAUAAUCUGUGAUAGAAAGCACAUUGGAGUGAUGAGAAAGGAUAAAAAUUAUUUUGCCUGGUGGGCUGUUGAGAGGGGUAAAAAUUUACGAUUCAUAACUAGUGAAGAUUUUGAAGAAUUUUUGAAAUUGAUUAUUCAAGAAAUUGGCAUUAUUGAAGAAAUUGAAUUCUCCAUGAGAAUUAUAACAAUUUCCUAUGCAUUAAAAUUAGAACCAGAUUAUUGUGAUACAACAGGAAUGCAUGAGAAUUUAAUGCCAUCUUGUUCAUUGGUUCAGAUACAUAAAAAUAAUGAUGAUGAUUUUGAUAAAAUUGAAGAUAUAUUUCGUCCACUUGAUUUGUUGGUAAAAACAAAUUUAUUAUUUGCAAGUGUUGCCUUAAAGGAUAGAAAUUUGAUAAGGGAACCAAAUGUAAAACGAUGCUAUUUUGUUGCACUUUUGAGUAUAUUGAUGAAACGUGAUAUUAUUCAAAAUCCCACUAAGGGAAUGAUUGAUCGUGUUAUUGAGGGUGGUGAAAAUUUGUACAAGAAUUUUUAUGAUCCAAAAUAUCAUUCUGAACAUAUUUUGAAAAAUUUUAAAUGUUUGGGAAGAAUUUUUGAUUUUCGUGAUUGUGCCUCUUCGUUAGUGGAAUUAAAACAUAAAGGAACCAAUAAUUUCUUUAUGGCGGUUAGAAAAAAAUUGAGAAUUCAUUUUAAAACCCGUACGGAUGGAAUUAUACAGUUAACGAAUUGUUGCUAUGGUUUUUGGUAUUCGAGAUCAACUAAUAGGUACUAUUAUCUCGAUCCUUAUGCUUGUAAUGAAAAUGGAAAGAAAUCAUCAACUGGAAGAGGUUGUCUCUUCAUUUGCUCGAAAAUAUGUGAUAUGGUUCAUCAUAUGAAUUUGAAUAAAUACGAAGGUACGAGUGGAUUUUUCAUUCAUGAUAUUCACAUUGAAACGGUGAAGGAAUUAGCCGAGGAAGAUCCAAGUCGAGGUUUUAAGGAAGAUCCAAUUUGGAUUUAUCUUGAUAUUCAUUGGAGUUAUAGCCAUCGGCAAAAAAAGAAGAAAAAACAAACAGAAAUAUUUUGGAGACACUAUACAAUGGAAAUUCCAAAUUUGAUUUAUUCCCUAUGGGGUACAAUUGGUGCAUUUGAUUGUAAAUUUGGUUCGAGAGUUGGUAAAAAUCAAGCUGGAAUUUGUUGUGCAAUUUUGGCAAUGCAAGAUUUGUGUCAUCCCUCGCAAUGGUGUUCGGGAAUUUUGGAUUCGGCUGUGAUUUACGGUGAUUGUUAUUAUGCAGAGAGUGAGAAAAAUUUUGAUAAAUGUUGCAUGUAUCAAAAUCAUUUUAAACUUCAACCUUGUUUGAAAAUUACACCCCAUAUUUGGAGAAUUAAAUUCAAAACGAAUUUUUGUGGUAUUUUAUAUGGAAACAUGUCAUUGGCUGAUGUGGUAAAAUUAGCAUUCGAUGAAUCAUCGAAUCUAUUGAUUGAAUGUAACACAAUUGUUUUGGCAGUUUUUAACAAAGAUGAUGAUUUCUUUGUAAUUGAUACACAAUGGAUUGGUCCACCUAUUUUUCAACGAAAUCAUGGAUCUAUUUAUUUAUUGCGAUGUAAAACUUUUGAUAGUUUAAUUUACAGUCUCAUAAAAAUUUUAAAUACAAAUCAAAAACUUGAAAUUCGUGUAACACCGGUUGAAAUAAAUUUCUCACAAGGUGGGAGAAUUUUGAAAGAUAGAAAAGAAUUUUCAACUGUUCGACAAUUGCCAGGUGAAAUAAGAAUUGGUGGGAAUUUUAUACCAGGUAGCGAAAUUGUUCCAGCGGUGGAUAAUUAUUGGGAAUUCAAUAGAAAUUUAACAUUGGCAAUGAAAUACGGUGAUUUAUUAGAGAAUCUUCCAAUUGAUUAUCUAAAGACUGAAUUCAAUGAAGAGAAAUUGAAUAAUUUUUUGAUAAGAUUUGAAAAUGAUGAAAAAAUUUUUGAUGAUGAAAGAAUUGUAAAUUUAAAAUCGAUAAAAUCUGAUUGUGAUUUUGGUGAUUAUCCAAAAUUAGUGGAUUUUGUUGGUACAAGUGGAAAUAGUGAUAAGAAUUUAAUGAGGAAAUUGAACGUUAAUAAAGGAUUUACAUUGGCAAAACCGGUUGAUUGUAACGAACAACCUAGUUUCAUUUUAGAAGAGAGUCAAAACAGGUUUAAUAUGAAAACAAAAGAAAUGCGACUUAGAAAAUUUAAAAAUUAUAAACAUCGUAUUCCAUCGGAUGAGAAUAGUGGUGAACAGGAUAAUGAUAAUAAUAAUAAAGAUUUAGGUCAAGAGGAAACUGAAAAUGCUGAUGAUUAGCCGGAAAAUGUAGCCAAUUUUUUAUAGAAAGGAAAAAUUUUUUGGAACUUUUCAUUUUUAAAAUUUUAUGAUAAAAUCCAUAGUGAGAAUAAUUUGGACAUAAUAUAAUUCGAAUGAUAAUGAUAAAAUUUGAAAUAAUUUAGGAUAAAAAAAUUUUUUGCCUGAAAAUAAUGUCUAUAAAAAUAUCUGCGGCAAAUUUUUUUUUUUUCUUAGGUGCAAAAUAAAAGCUACUUACCUUGGAAUGUUUGAUGAUAAUUUUAUGCUCGCCUUUUUUUUUUUUUUUUUUUUUAUAUAUAAAAGAGGAUACAAAGGUAAUGAAUUAUCGUUUGUGUGGUGUACCAAAUGAAAUAUUAACUGUUUUCCUAUUUUUAUUUUCCUUUAAACAUAGAUGGGAAAUAAUUAUACAACUGUUGUAUAGGACGGAGAACGAGACUUCAGGCAAGCGUUAUAAGCUUCUGCUGCAUAUAUAAUAUAAAAGUACAUCGAGAUGAUUUAUUACUUUAUAAAAUAUGAAUAUUACAAUGAGACAAUAUAAUUAAAAGUUGCCUGAUAUCACGUUUAUUAUACAUAUAGUAUUACAGAUGUACAUAUUAUGGAAAAAAAUAGAGAUUUUUUUUUCUCAUUAUCCUAGAGCAACUAAAACAAUAGAAAUUUUUUUUUUGUUUUAAUAAACGCAAAUCUUCGAGUUAUUAUUUUACGGUAUAAAUAAUUUUUUUUGUUUAUUAAUAUUGCAUGAAUUGUUUUCGAUAAAUAAUUAUUUAAAAAAAAAAAUUUAAUUAAAAAAUAUAAAAUUUUUCAAUUCAAUUCAAAAAAAUUAAAAAUUUUAAAAUUAAAAAAAAAUUUAAAAAUAAAUACUGAUAAUUAUUAAAUAAAUUAAUAAUAAUGCAAGAUUUAAAAUUUCAAAAAAGUAAAAUAAUUAAAAAAAAACUCUUUUUUUUUGAAUUACAAAAAUAUUAAAUUAAUUAAUGUAAAAAUAUUUUAAAAAAUACGAAAAAAAAAUUUUUAAUUCAAGACUAUAAAAAAAAAUUAAAUUUAUGAAUACAAUUAUAAUUAUGUAAAUAAAACAAAAAGGUAUUUUUUAAUACAAAAAUUAAAUUCAUGAAAUAAAUUAUUUAAAUGUAAAAAAAAAAACUAUAAAUAUCGUUGGUAAAAAUGCGUUAAAAAGGAAGUUUUCUAAAUGUGUAAAAAAAUUUUAUAAAAAAUGGAAUAUCGAAAAGGUUUACAAACUAGUCUUACUAAUAAUGACUUAUUUCUAAAUUCUUUUUUUUUAUACCUGCAAUAAACAGGUACAAUGUAUACGUUUAGCUUUUUGUUAAAACAAUGAGGCAAUAGUUUUAUAAUUUGUUAAAAAAUUUGUUUACAAUUUGCUUGUAAUUUGCAAAUUAUUUUAAAAAUUGUUUGAAAAUUUUUUUACAAAUUGUUCGAAAAUGUUUACAAAUUUAAAAAUUGUUUACAAAUUGUUCGAAAAUGUUUACGGUUUACAAAUUUUUUACAAAUUGUUUACAAAUUGUUUUUCAAUAUAUUUCAUAAAAUGUUCAUUUCGAUAAAUAUUUUUAAUUUUUUUAAUGAAAAUUCUUAAAAUAUGUUUCUUUUAAUUAAGUACUGAGUUCACGCUUAAUUCCUAUUUUAGAAAUAUGUUUCUUAUUUAUUUAUUCAUAAAUUGAUUUAUAAAUAAAUAAAUAUUUUUCUUAAUAGCAUUUAUCUUUAUACUACGGUAACACAAUGUUUUAUUGUAUUAUUCAUGUCAAUUUAACUUCAAUUUAAUUUCAAAUUUUAUUUUAGUUUGAAUUUUUUUUUCUCUUUUUUAAUUUGGUUUCAAUUUUUUCUCUAUUUGCAAUUUGAUUUUAAUUCAUUUUUUGUGUUUUCUUUUGUAAUUUGUUUUUUAUUUUCCAAUUCAUUUCAAUUUUCGAAUUAAUUUUCAAUAUUAUUUUAAUAUUUUUCGUUUUUUUCUUUUUUUUUUGUCUUUAAUUUCAUUUCUGGUAUUAAUGUAGUUUAAAUUAACAUAAAUUACUGCACAUCAUAUUAAAUUCAAUUUUUGUUCGUUUUUUUUUUUUUUUUUGUUGUCUUUGUAUUGAUAUUUUUUUUCGGCAUCUCUUGGUUUGUGCUGAAUCACGUACUUACAAAAAAAAAGAAAAAAAAAAACUGCACCAUUCACAAAAAUCAA